CAACUGGAAGAAGCAACUAGGCUUUAUCGGAUAAUCCCCUAUCGCAGAAACAGCAAGUUCACUGGCCGCAAAGAUCUCAUUGAGUCAAUAAGGAGGCUUUCGGCGCGUAACCAUCACACGCGGAUCGCACUCCAUGGAUUAGGCGGUUCUGGGUAUGUGCUCAGUACUAUUUUUCUAGGGGCUUACUAACAUUGCUUAGAAAAACUCAGACCGCCCUCGAAUAUGUCUAUCGGCGUGCAAGCGAGAUCGAUUGCCAUGUUUUCUGGGUGCAGGGGAGUGGGCUAUUAAAAUUUAUUGAGGGUUUCAGGGCUAUUGCGCAGCAUGUUCGAAUUCUAUUAGCUAGCGCUGAGACGAACCAAGAAGAAUUACUAGCUAGUACAAAGAGGUGGUUUGAAGGCCCGGACAGUGGUGAUUGGAUACUAGUUAUCGACAAUGCCGACAACGAGGAGGACUUUAUUGGCAGCAGGGGUCCCAUCUCCAAAUUUGUGCCGCAAGGCCAAAAGGGUACUCUGAUAAUCACCACCAGAUCGCUCCGGGUUGCAUCUUGGCAGGAUUGCGAAAGGAUCGAUGUCGGAAAAAUGGGGGAGGAUGAAUCCAUGGCAUUGUUUUCGAAACGCUAUGGUAACUGGGAUAGUUUGGGAGAGGAAGAGAAGGAGGCCAUCGCAUCGAUCUUGGGCUCCCUGCACCACAUCCCGCUGGCAAUUGUAGGAGCGGCAGCCUUCAUGACAGAAACCCAGACACCGCCAUCUGAAUACUGGACCAUUUUCCGGGGAAGCGACGAACAAGCAAAAAAACUACUUUUGCAGCCGUUUUGUGAGAUACAACGAGAGGCGGACAUGACCGAAAGUAUCCUAGCCACGUACUUUAUCACCUUUGACCGAAUCACACGGCAGAUGCCCCUAGCGGCGGAGCUUCUGCGUUUGAUUGCCUUCUUUGAUCGUCAGAAUAUACCAGAGGAGUUAUUGAGUCAAAGUGGUUUGGAAGGGACGGAUGAUCCAAUCGAGUUUCGUCAGGCCAUUGGAAAACUAUUGGGAUUUUCGCUGGUUACGGCUAUCAAAUGUGAGGAAGAGACGUUUUAUGAGCUACACCGUUUGGUCCAACUGUCUUUGCAGGUGUAUUUACCAAUAGAGGAGUCGAAUCGAUGGAGGUGCAAUGCGCUCGGAGUGGUUUCAAGUUUGUUUCCUCAGCAUUGGACCACCUGGAAAGACGUUAGUACUGCAUACAUUCCACAUGCAUUGGUUGUAGCCAAACAUUCAACGGAUCCCAUUGCCGAAGAGCUGUGUUUUCGCCUGGGACAAUACUUUAUAGAUAUGGGUUUCUACAAUGACGCAGAG